UAACAACUGGUAGGGCAUACUACAACAUCUGCGAUAGUUUCUUCUAUGUCAAUUACAACUACAACAAAAAUCAAAAUUGAUUGGUUGAAACGCCAUCUUUGUUGCGUGGAAUAAACAAACUUGUUACGUAGGAAACAUUUUCUUAGACUUGGACAAGAGGGAACAAGGGAACCCUACCAAAAAAGAAUGCAGUCCGGUUACGCGCAGGUGGCGCAAAAUGAGGCCGUUAAGGCCAAGGUGGAGGAGAUGAAAAGGGCCUUCGGUGGCAUCUGGAAACUAGCAUUCUUUCUCUGUGGUGCGAUAACCUUCGCUAGUGGAGUGCUGUCGAUUAUAUCAGGUAUUGUGACAAUACCUAUUUUGUCUGGAUCGAUGUGAGCCCUAAACCCUAGGCCCAAACUGGAGGCUUAUCUUCAACUACAAGCCGGUUAAUUUUCCAUGGUCUUCCUCGUACUUCCCGCAUACAAAACAAAACAUAUUCCGGAUCACCAAAAAGCAACCCUGCACUUCCUUCCUCACAACAGCCGUCGUGAGCAUGAUGCCUCCGUUUGACUUUAUAAAUUUCGUGUUUUUAACGCUGUUUGGCGCAGUGAUGCUAGUCCUCGAUCUUCCGCUGGACAACAGGUGAAACAUCUCUGGACUUUUAUUCUUUGGCAAGUUUGUUCUUUGAACGUUGUAAGCUGAGACUUGAUGACAGUGUCAUACAUAAAACUCAUCACUUUGCAACUACUUUCGAGGAUUUUCAAAAUACUCAGGUAGUACAUAAGCAAAAUUUCGAAAAGGACAACUACAUCUGUACCUACUGCUCACCCAGGUACGUCGCCAAUUUCAAGAGCGCAGUUUUUACGUAUGCGCUGUUUUUGACGCGGUUUGUCGGAAGAGGCUUGUUCUACCUUUUUCUAGGGUCUAUGGUGUUCGGGGCACUAUGGGAUAACCAGGUUGCGCCGUUUUUAGGUUUCAUUUUUGGCGGACUCAUAACCGCCGUUGCAGGAGCCAGUCUUUAUGUUGGUACUUUUUUGAUGUGAUUCAUUUGUUUUGAAUUCAGGUACUUGUACUUCAUCUAUAGUAAUAAAUAGUCCCGUCGACAGUUUCGCAAUACUGAUCUGGGCAACUCACCAUGACCAAGGUACUCGCACUUUAUGACGUACUAUUGUGUGUCCACCGACUUUCGGAUAAUCUUUUUCGAGCACCGAAAUGCAUGGGUGCUCAUCUUGUUGUUGCACCAUUCCUAUUCCUUGCCCGAUCACCCCAUCAGGUGGCCGACUAAGCUACCAAUUAGAGGAGUUGCGAAAAAAGGUAGUCCGACAGGGCCCAGAGCAAUGGGCCAACUAUAUACCACCAACCGGUAUGACCGCCCCUCAGUUUAAGGAACUCGCAAUAGCCCUUGACAACAGAGUUUUUACCGACGAGGAGCUGGGAUACAUCGUAUUAUCUUCUAUCAAUCUUUCACAGGAGUACUUGUUUUACGAGAACGAGAUAGCAACGACUUCACUUGGUUUUAAUGCAUCGAUCACGAAGCUCUGAUAAUUGCUUCCUAAUGAUUUCGAUUUUCUUCCUGCAUCAACAUCACGCAGGUCGCAGCUUUUUCGUUCGAAAUAAGGGCGGAUAAUGUGAUAACGAAAGAAGAGUUCGAUGAGUGGUGCAAAGGACCGAUGACUAUUCUCUAGAAUGAAGACAGACUCCCGAAGAUCGUCACGACGCAGCUAGGAUUCAGGCACAUACAACAAAUCCAUUAUAGAUUGUUGUACUACUCCGUAUAAAUAUGAUGUUUUUUACCUACUUUACUACCUGUAUUAAUCGAAGAUACAAUUCUUUUACGUUCGCAAGCACAAGAACAUUAUUCUCAUUCUACUACUACAAAAGCACAAAGUCAAUACCAACAAGGAGAUCUAGAUGAAGAUGAAAGUACAACAUGCGAGACAGCUGUUCAAUUCAAAGAAGAUUGAAUCUCUGUCUCGAUGUUCUUGGAAUCUUCUAUUCAACAUCGAAAAAUGUUGUCAUGCAUCUCCCGCUUUAGCGGAGCAGACCGUGCUUUGUUCGACGCAACCUCUUCCUCUAGAAGAUGAUCUAUAGU